CUUUCUUGAAGCUCGCGGUAUUGAUAAUCUGUGUUAUAUUCUUAUGGAAUGUUUAUAUAUAUUUCAUCGAAUGGAGUUUCUUUUAUACACAUUUUAUGUCUAUGGAAGAUCAAUUGUCGACUUCUUCAUCGUGCGAUAUACCCGUGCCGGAUCCUUUUGAUGAAUCGAUUAUGAAAUACGUAGUAGUAAAAGAGCCUCUAAAAUGUAAAUUCAUUCAACCCGAUCUAACUUACUUAGAUUACGAUGGAGUACUUCAUCUAAAUCAGUCGUCUGUGGCCGGUCAUCAUCUAGAAGAUGAUUUAAGCUGUCGUUAUUCGACUUUCGCGCGGAGUUCCAUUGAUGAUGAUAAUUUAGUUUACGAUCCCGAAAAGGUAUUAUAUGGAGAAGAGAAGAUCCUAGAAGGAAGAGAAUUUGUGGCUGUUAACUGCAGCUAUAAAGGAAAACUUAUAUAUCGAAAUUAUCACGCCUAUGUGCCUAAAAAGAAAACGGGAAUCAAAAUUAAUAACAAUACGAAUGCCUUCAAACCUCAGGUGUUCAUACUAGUAAUCGAAUCGAUGUCCAGAUUAAAUAUGAUUCGUAAUAUGCCGAAAACCUACUCCUAUCUCACGGAUAACAUGAAAGCUGAGAUUCUAAAAGGAAUGACAAAAGUAGGAGACAAUAGUUUUCCAAAUAUGGUACCAUUUUUAACUGGUCGAAAAGUGGGGAUGUCAAAGCAAGAAUUCCCGGGAAAAGAUUGUUCGGGACCGUUUGAUGAUUGGCCAUUUAUUUGGAAGAAUUAUUCCAAGGCAGGGUACGUAACAGCACUAACUGAAGAUAAUCCGGAAUUUACUCUUUUCAAUUAUAUAUCUAAAGGUUUUCUUAAACAGCCCACGGACUUUUAUCCUCGCCCUUUAUGGCUAGGUUUAUUCCAGUCUCCUUUAUUAAAGAUGAGUUCUGAUUUCUGCCUUGGAAGUGUUACAAGUUAUCAGAUUCUUUUCAAUUGGAUAAAAGAAUUCGUCAUCAAGCAUCGCGAAGAACUUUACUUUCUGUUUUCUUUUUACAUCGCCAUCGCACACAAUGACUUUAAUGAAGCCCAAUUUCUGGAUAAUGAUGCUUACAAUUUAUUGAAAGACCUUAAUGAAAAAGGAUAUUUUAAGAAUGCCAUCGUCGUUGUUAUGGGGGACCACGGAAGUAGAUUUGGAAAAGCAGCAAUUACUUCGAUUGGUCGAGUAGAAGAACGAAUGCCUUUAUUUUCUAUUACUCUUCCGUCCACUCUCGAAGACCAACAUCCUCAUUUGAGAACGUAUUUAAAGAGAAAUUCGGAUCGCCUGACCACGUGGUUUGAUGUCCAUUCUAUGUUAAUGGAUAUUAUGACGUCGACGUAUAAACCAAUAUCGCCUACUCAUAUUUGGAACAGUAGAGGAUAUAGCCCUUGGAGGAUGAUGAUUCCUACUAAAAGGACUUGCGAAAAAGCGGGGAUUCCAGAAAAUUACUGCGUGUGUGAAAAGGAAAUUAAAAUACCGCCCACUGAUCAGAGGUGUUUGGAAGCGGCCAAUAAAUUGGUGCAGCAUUUGAAUCAGAUUUUGGAACCUGUUAAACUGCUGUGUGCCCAACUUUCAUUAAGAAAUAUUUCCAAAGGAAAGGUAUUAAUGCCAAGUAAAUCGACUGCUUAUAGAAGAGGCUACGCAUUUAACAUUCGUGUCUUAAUUUCUGUGAAACCGAGCGAAGCCAUAUUGGAAGCACUCUUACAGAAGACUGCGUGGUCUACCGAAUUUAAGGUAAUUGGUGACGUCAGUCGACUUAACAAAUACGGUAACCAAUCGUCGUGCAUUCAACACAGGGAACUCAGAAAGUUCUGUUAUUGUAAUAAUCAAUUUACACAUAAAAAGUAAUGAAAAUUUCAAUAUAUUUUCUUUAAGUCGAGUAAUUUAUUAAAUUAAAUUUAUUAUUAUUAUAGUAAUUAAAAUAUUUUUAUUAAAAUAUGAAAUAUU